GCUUAUAAAUUUAAAAUUUUAGCUACGGCCGGUGAAAUUUAAGGAAGAAAAGUCUUAUGAAAACCCUAGAAUACGUGAUCAUAUUUCUUAUCCAAUCAUUUCCACUAUUCCUUUUCUCUAAAAUUCCCACCCUAAAAGCUUUCUCUCUUUAGAAGACAAACACAAACCCCUCAACAUGCAACAACAAUACUUUCAAGAAAACUUGGAAUCUUGCAAUUAUUUGUCCAAAAAUAAAUCAUCAUCAUCAAGUGAUAAUAAUAUGAUGGAAGAAUAUUUUGGUUUUGAUAUUGAAGCAAUUAAAGGCUUUUGUAGCUCCUCCCAAUUUUAUCCUCAUCAUGUGGAAUUUCAAGAAACUAUAGAGAGUAAUAAUAGUCCAGAAGCUAGAGCUAAAAAUCAUAAAGAAGCUGAAAGAAGAAGAAGAGAAAGGAUUAAUUCUCAUCUUCAUAGCCUCAGAACCCUACUUUCCUGCAAUUCUAAGUUAGAUAAAGCUUCAUUACUAGCCAAAGUUGUUCAACGUGUGAGGGAACUCAAAGAACAAACUUCACAAAUCAUGCAAAGUGAAACAAACUUAUUCCCUUCUGAAACUGAUGAAAUCACUGUGUUAUCAUCAAAUGAUUGUUUAGCUGAUGGUAGAUUACUCAUUAAGGCCUCUCUUUGUUGCGAGGAUCGAAUCGAUCUCAUCCCUGACCUAAUCGAAACCCUAAAAUCUCUUGGAUUGACUCCUAUAAGAGCUGAAAUGGUCACGUUAGGAGGGAGAAUUCGUAAUGUGAUCGUAAUAGCUUCUGAUCGUAAAGAUAGUAAUAAUAACAAUACUGAUGAUGAAUCGUCUAUUUUGUUCUUGAGAGAUGCUUUGAGGUCUAUAGUUCAACGUUCGAGUUAUGGUAGUGGUGAACGGGGUAAAAGACGAAAAGUAUUAGGUCAAGGAACAAAGAAUUACUAGGGUAUGUACAACUUUUCCAUGCAGGCUUUGUUGAAAUGGAGCUUUAGAGCAACAUUAAAUUGUUCUUGUGUGAAUAGUAGGUCACAAAUUCGAUCUGUGAAAUGAUCAAUCACUCGUUUUUGAGAGAUGCUGUGAGGUUUGUCGUUCAACAAUUGAGUUAUGGUACUAAUGAUGGUUUAAAAGACGAAGGCUAUGCUUUGUUGAAGACUUGAAGGCAAAACUUGUUGUAAUAGUAAAGUUGUUUCCGUAUGGUUUAUAAAUCAAGGGUCUAAGUUGUAGAAUCAAUCGUUGAUACUUUCAUUUUAAACGUGGCAUGCUUCGUGUUGCCUGUAAUAGUAACAAGUUAGGGGUUGUUCAAUGACAAAUAAUGUGAGUAAUGUUUCUCUUGAUAUAACUAUGAUUGACAAUCUGCAAGGAGAUAAUUAAUUUUUCCAUUUGGCAUAUGUUUCAUUGUUGAAAAGUUUGUAAUGUACCUCAAAUCAUAUGUGAGUUAAUAUAAUUCAGUUGUUUCAA